UAACUCACACAGUCACUGACACUGAGACGAGAAAUGGCAGAGAAAGGAGUUCAGCUGGACCAAAAGGCAAUUUCUUGUUCGAUUUGUUUGGAUCUACUGAAGGAUCCGGUGACUACAACCUGUGGACACAGCUACUGUAUGAACUGUAUUAAAGGUUUCUGGGACAAAGAGGACAGGAAGAGAAUCUGGAGCUGCCCUCAGUGUAGGAAGACUUUCACACCGAGGCCUGUCCUGGAGAAAAGCACCAUGUUAGCAGAGUUGGUGGAGCAGCUGAAGAAGACUGGACUCCAAGCUGCUCCAGCUGAUCACUGCUAUGCUGGACCUGAAGAUGUGGCCUGUGAUGUCUGCACGGGGAGGAAGCUGAAAGUCACCAGGUCCUGUUUAUUCUGUCCGGCCUCUUACUGUGAGAAACAUCUCCAACCUCACUAUGAUGCAGCUCCAUUAAAGAAACACAAGCUGGUGGCCCCCUCCAAGAAGCUCCAGGAGAACAUCUGCUCUCAUCAUGAUGAGGUGAUGAAGAUUUUCUGUCGUACUGAUCAGCAGAGUAUCUGUUAUCUCUGCUUAAUGGAUGAACAUCAAGGCCAUGAAACAGUCCCAGCUGCAGCAGAAAGGACUGAGAAGCAGAAGGAGCUCGAGGUGAGACGACUAAACAUCCAACAGAGAAUCCAGGACCGAGAGAAAGAUGUGAAGCUGCUUCAACAGGAGGUGGAGGCCAUCAAUGGCUCUGCUGAUAAAGCAGUGGAGGACAGUGAGAAGAUGUACACUGAGCUGAUCCGUCUGAUCCAGAAAAGAAGCUCUGAUGUGAAGCAGCAGGUCAGAUCCCAGCAGGAAACUGAAGUGAGUCGAGUCAAAGAGCUUCAGGAGAAGCUGGAGCAGGAGAUCGCUGAGCUGAAGAGGAAAGACGCCGAGCUGGAGCAGCUCUCACACACAGAGGAUCACAACCAGUUUCUACACAACUACCCCUCACUGUCAGCGCUCAGUGAGUCUACACACUCAUCCAGCAUCAAUAUUGGUCCUCUGAGGUACUUUGAGGAUGUGACAGCAGCUGUGUCAGAGACCAGAGAUUUACUACAGGACAUCCUGAGAGAGGAAUGGACAAACAUCUCACUGACAGUCACUGAAGAGGAUGUUUUACUGUCACCAUCAGAGCCAAAGACCAGAGCUGGAUUCUUAAAAUAUUCACGUGAAAUCACACUGGAUCCAAACACAGCACACAGAAAGCUGUUAUUAUCUGAGGGGAACAGAAAAGUAAAAGUAAUGGAACAACAACAGUCUUAUUCUGAUCAUCCAGACAGAUUCACUGUAAUAUGUCAGGUCCUGAGUAGAGAGAGUCUGACUGGACGUUGUUACUGGGAGGUGGAGUGGAGAGGGGGAGGAGUUGAAAUAGCAGUCGCAUACAAGAAUAUCAGAAGAGCAGGGAGCUCGGAUGCUUGUUUUUUUGGACUCAGUGACAAAUCUUGGUCAUUGAAGUGUUACACAGACAAAUAUGAAUUUUGGCACAACCGUGUCCCAACUCCCCUCCCAGGUCCUCGGUCCUCCAGAGUAGGAGUGUACCUGGAUCACAGAGCAGGUAUUCUGUCUUUCUACAGCGUCUCUGAAACCAUGACUCUCCUCCACAGAGUCCAGACCACAUUCACUCAGUCGCUCUAUGCUGGACUUUGGCUUUUUGACUCUAAUGGAAUCUCUGCAGAGUUCAUUAAACUGAAAUAGUCAGAAGUCAUUGAGGGACAGUUGUUGCUGAGAGCUUAUUGUUGUGCACAGAGAUCACCUGUCAGUAGGGGUGUGCGAUAUUGACAAAAAAUAAUAUCUCGAUAU